AUGUCCUCAGAGCCUGUGGUCGAGAAGAAGAGAAAGGAAAUACCCUUUGUCUCCCAACCGACUUUAAGGCGACGUGCUGCCGUUCGUGCCAGUGCCAAGAUCGGUGAGGUGUUAGCUGAUUCGUCGGGGCCGACUGCUCGCAGACCAACGCUUAAAACAUCAUCGAGGAAGAUGGAGGGUGGGGGUCACGAGAAGAACAAAAGUUGUAAUCAACGGCGAGUAAAGGAGAUCACAGAGAUGAAGAGAACAAAAAAGAAAGAGAACAUAUGUGAUGUCGGAAUGACCAAGUUCCAUGGUUAUCAGCGUAUGGUGGACGUACAUGACCGUGGAGAUCAGUAUACAGAGGCCAGAAUUCUUGAGUUGGAUCCGGAGAAACAACUUUUAUAUGUUCAUUACAUGGGCUGGAACGCAAGGUUUGAUGCGUGGGUUGAUUUGAACAAGGUAAAAGCACACGGCAGCCGUUGCGAUGUAGUAAAGAGGCAUAAGAUGAGUUGGAAUGGCAAUACGUCGCUCUUCGCGACAAAAGAUGAUAUAGCUACACACCGUCAAAGUGCGAAGUGUCGAAGUAAGAAAUCACGAAAGAAAUGGGCUGCUCAGUCACCAAUAUCACGACAUACACCACAAGAUACUAUGAAAAGAGUUAGGCAAAAAAAUUACAGUCAAGAGGUGGUGGUUGAUGAAAAAGAAGACCAAAAUCUAGUCACCCGAUUAGGAAGAAGGAGCCCGAAAAUUGCGAAGGUAACUAAAAAGCUACCGACAAAAUCACCACGUGGUGUCAAAAAAGUGGUGCCGUCUCCUGGACGAAGGACGCCAAGACGCGUUCGAGUUGCAGUGGGGACUAUUGACGAAGACAGUGAACGUAAGAAUGGGAGUGAGACAGCAGACUUAGUACUGGACGUUGAGAUUGAUUCGUUGCACGAUGAAUCUGAUGUGGAAGGAGCGAAUGACAAUCGAACGCAGAAACACGCGAAUGAAAGGAAGACAACAAAUUGUUGUAGUGCUGAGAACGAGAAUUUAGAUGGAGCAAAACGAAAGCGAGAGGCUCAAGAUGCUGGUGAUGCCGUUAAUUGUCAAGUCGCUCAACGUUCAGUGCACAGAAAGAAACAUAAGCAAGAUAUUGAACCUGAAGCUAUUACUCAGUUCUCACCUCAAUCACAAUACAGAGGAUUGGGCAACGCCACGCGCGAAAAACUUGCCGCAAUCUUUCGGCUACGCAUGCAACAGAAACAGCAAAUUGAGCAGAUGAAAUUGAGCAAGACGAGUUUUCAGCAAUCGCUACAAGAUCCAGCAGUCGAAACCUUGACAGUCGACCAAUCUACAAGCGCUAUCAAAUCAGAUAUAAACGCGAUGACUGUGGCUAAUGCAGAGCUUGCAGCUGCAGAGGAAUAUCAGCGACAAUUACAGCAGUAUUACUACCAACAACAAGUUUCUCUCGUCAGCAGUAGGAACACUGACAGCGAAGACCCAAGUAAAUUUCCACUUCGGGGUGGCAUCAUGGAUCCUCGAAUCAUACAAGAACGUCUGACGGCUCUAGAAGAACGUCGUCGACAACAAGCGCAUGUCCAGGCAUAUUAUCGCCAGCUAAUGCUUACACGGGAGCGUAACGUACGUGCUUUAGCAGCGAAUCAGGCGUUCAUGGCUACGAGUGCAGCAGUCUGGGAGCAACAAGUAAAGGAGACACAGAGUGAGGAUGGAACAUCGCCUGUCUCGAGCUCGAAAGACGGGGCAAGCGAUAGCAAGUCGACGAGCGAGAAUGCAGGUGAUGGAUCAGAAACAGAUAAUAGCAGUAGAGAUGACAACCAUGAGAACACGAAUGAAAGACAGAGCAGUUUACCUGAAGUGAAUUCUCUCAGCGACGCGAACAAGAUUGCAUUGUCCGAUACGUUAGAAAAGGCAGACGCCUCAUCGCCUGCCAGAAGUGAUUCUAACCGGAGUGACCCAGCAGACACACCAACACAAGGGGUUCUCUACGAAUUUGUACUGUAG